AUGCCCGCCAGCAUGUUCAGCAUCGACAACAUCCUGGCCGCGCGGCCGCGCUGCAAGGACGCGGUGCUGCCGGUGGCUCCCGGCCCCGCCGCCCCCGUCGUCUUCCCGGCGCUGCACGGGGACUCGCUCUACGGCGCCGGCGGCAGCGCCGCCUCCUCCCCGGACUACGGCGCCUUCUACCCGCGCCCCGUGGCCCCCGGCGGCGCGGGCCUCCCGGCCGCGGUCGGCGGCUCCCGCCUGGGCUAUGGCAACUACUUCUACGGGCAGCUGCACGUGCAGGCGGCGCCCGUGGGCCCGGCGUGCUGCGGGGCCGUGCCGCCGCUGGGCGCCCAGUGCUCCUGCGUCCCCGCGCCGCCAGGCUACGAGGGCCCCGGCUCGGUGCUGGUGUCGCCGGUGCCGCACCAGAUGCUGCCCUACAUGAACGUGGGCACGCUGUCGCGCUCCGAGCUGCAGCUCCUCAACCAGCUGCACUGCCGGCGGAAGCGGCGGCACCGCACCAUCUUCACGGACGAGCAGCUGGAGGCGCUGGAGAACCUCUUCCAGGAGACCAAGUACCCCGACGUGGGCACGCGCGAGCAGCUGGCGCGGAAGGUGCACCUCCGCGAGGAGAAGGUGGAGGUCUGGUUUAAGAACCGCCGGGCCAAGUGGCGGCGGCAGAAGCGGUCCUCGUCGGAGGAGUCGGAAAACGCCGAGAAGUGGCCCAAGCCGUCCUCCAAGGCGUCGCCCGAGAAGAGGGAAGAGGAAGGUAAAAGCGAUUUGGACUCGGACAGCUGA